AUAAUGUCAUGCUUUUUGCCGCCAAAGAGAGUGCGUAUGAAACUUCAUCAACUUCCGAGCGAUCAGAAAGACAUUCUCGAGCUCAAAUCCGAGCCACGCUCUGAGACCUCUCUCCCUUUUAGAAUGCCGAACAUCAAGAUCUUUGGAGGAAGCUCGCACCCCGUGCUAGCUAGACUUAUUGCCGAAAGGCUAGGAUUCGACCUCGCGAAGUGUGUCCUCAAGAAAUUCUCAAACCAAGAAACAUGUGUUGAGAUUGCCGAGUCUGUGAGAGGGGAAGAUGUCUACAUCAUUCAGAGUGGUUGUGGUGAAAUAAAUGAUAACAUGAUGGAGCUUCUGAUCAUGAUUAAUGCAUGCAAGAUUGCAUCUGCGCAAAGGGUGACGGCUGUUAUCCCAUGCUUCCCUUAUGCUAGACAAGAUAAGAAAGAUAAGAGCCGUGCACCAAUCUCUGCUAAGUUGGUGGCCAACAUGUUGUCCGUGGCUGGGGCGGACCACAUCAUAACCAUGGACUUACAUGCGUCACAGAUCCAGGGUUUUUUCGAUAUUCCUGUUGACAACCUUUAUGCUGAGCCUGCCGUGUUGAAGUGGAUCAAGGAGAAUGUCCACGAUUGGCAGAACUCUGUAAUAGUGUCUCCUGAUGCUGGAGGAGCAAAGCGAGUGACUUCUAUUGCUGAUCACCUGAACUGUGGCUUUGCUUUGAUUCAUAAAGAGAGAAAAGUUGCAAAUGAGGUUGCAAGCAUGGUACUUGUGGGAGAUGUUAAGGACAGGACAGCCAUUCUGGUGGACGACAUUGCUGACACAUGCGGCACCCUCACAUUAGCAGCCACAAAAUUAAAUGAAGCUGGUGCAGCCAAAGUCUACGCCAUCUGCACACAUGGAGUAUUUUCAGGCCCCGCCCUCAAGCGGCUUGAUGGAAGUAUCAUAGAGGCUGUUGCAAUCACAAACUCUAUCCCCCAGGAGGCUAAGAUGCAAAUGUGCUCAAAGAUUCGGUCCGUUGAUGUGUCGAUGAUUCUCGCUGAGGCCAUUCGACGUACCCACAAUGGUGAAUCAGUGUCUUAUCUUUUUACGCAUGUGCCACUCUAACACAACUCAUGCUAUAAAGAACACACAAAAGAAUAGUGGCUUAUUAGCCUGGGCAGAUUGCCAGUUUGGACUAUGUAAAGUAAAAUCUUUUGUAGUUGUGAAAAACUUUGAAUCAGCCCAAGGUUUUCCAAAAUGUAUGGUACAUACUGUACACUUAAAUUAUAGGCUAGUUGGGCUAGCCAAGCUAAAGAUUAUCAGGGUGGAAAAAUUAUCCUACUUAGCGGCGUAGCCAGGAUUUUUAACAGGAGGGGGCCCAAAAGGCUCUUUCGAGGCAUUUUCUCCUGUAUUUUAGAUAAUGUCUCAUACAUUUACUGUAUUUUUGGCUGCAAAAAGGGUGGAGGCCCGGGCCCCCUGGGCCACUCCCCUGGCUACGCCCCAGCUACCACUGAGUGUUUUUACAAACAAUUUACCAUGUCCCUAUUGCAUGCUGGUCACUCUUACUAUCUUUAUAUUUUUCACAACAACACUAUGUACACAUACAGUGCUAAGCCUUCAUAGCUAUAUCCUAUAGCUUGAAUAUUCAGUCCAUGCCAGUCAAGGUCUGAUCUAGAGCAGUAAAGAAUGAUGCAAGUGGUAUACUUCUAUUUCUCAUGAUUAUACUGAAGCUUGUGUAUUGUUGACAUAAAAAACAUCCAUUUUGUUUGUUUA